UUUUUUAACUUUUGAAAUCUUUUUAAGCUUAUUUAGCUAUAAUAAUUUGAGAAUAAUGGCUUUAUUGAAGAAAUUUGAGUCAAAAAGUGCUCGAGUUAAAGGAAUUUCGUUUCACCCAACUCGUCCAUGGGUGCUAGCGUCGCUUCACAGCGGAGUUAUACAACUUUGGGAUUAUCGAAUGUGCGUCUUAAUUGACAAGUUCGACGAGCACGAUGGUCCUGUUAGAGGAGUUGAUUUUCACUCGCAACAGCCAAUUUUUGUUUCUGGGGGAGAUGAUUACAAAAUUAAGGUCUGGAAUUAUAAACAAAGAAAAUGUAUUUUUACCUUAUUGGGACAUUUGGACUAUAUUAGAACAACUUACUUCCAUAAACAACAUCCUUGGAUUAUUAGCGCGUCGGAUGACCAAACUGUUCGAAUUUGGAACUGGCAAUCGAGGAUUUCUAUUGCGAUUUUGACUGGCCACAAUCACUAUGUUAUGUGUGCCCAAUUUCAUGCUACCGAGGACCUCGUAGCUAGUGCUAGCCUUGAUCAAACUGUUCGUAUUUGGGAUAUUUCCGGACUUAGAAAAAAGAAUUCGGCGCCUGGAGGAGGCUCUAGCGUUACAAGUGGAAUGAGCCGAUUUGGUUCAACUUCUGUUAGUUCUGCGCAAACUGAAUUAUUUGGACAACCUGAUGUUGUUGUAAAACAUGUACUUGAAGGACAUGAUAGAGGAGUCAAUUGGGUCUCUUUCCACCCUUCAAUGCCCUUGCUUGUUUCUGGAGCAGAUGAUCGUCAAGUCAAACUUUGGCGUUAUAACGAUAGCAAAGCUUGGGAAGUGGACUCUUGCCGUGGGCAUUACAACAAUGUUUCCUGUGUUAUAUUUCACCCAAAGGCUGAACUUAUUCUUUCAAAUUCUGAAGACAAAAGUAUUCGGGUUUGGGAUAUGCAGAAGAGAACAUGUCUUCAGAACUUCCGCCAUGAAAACGACCGUUUUUGGGUCUUGGCUAGCCAUCCAUCACUCAAUCUUUUUGCUGCUGGUCAUGAUAAUGGAAUGAUUGUCUUCAAAACUGAAAGAGAACGUCCUCCAUAUUGUAUCCAAGACAAUUUAGUUUUUUAUGUAAAAGAAAGGCAAUUACGUCGACUUGAUUUAACUACAAAUAAAGACACUCCUUUGGCUCAUCUAAAACCAAACAAAUUGACUCAACCUUUUUAUUCUGUGCAUUACAAUCCAGCGGAAAAUUGUUUUUUGUUGAUUACACGUCCUUCAAAUAACAUUGAGUCGAGCACCUGCGAUUUUUAUAAGAUCUCCCAAAAAGAAGGUGAACUCGAACCUGUAGAUGUCAAACGAGCUCCAAGUAUUGCAUCAAUAUGGGUUGCCCGUAACAGAUUUGCUGUGCUCGACAAGUCCCAUCAAUUAAGCAUUCGAGAUUUACAAAACCAGGAAAGUCGAAAAAUUGAUUAUACUGGACCAAUUGAUGAUAUAUUUUAUGCUGGAACUGGACUUUUAAUGUUAAAAAACCCGGAUAGUGUUUCUAUUUAUGAUGUUCAACAGAAACGUGUUUUGGUUAGCUUGAAAGUUAGCAAGGUUAGUUUAAUGAUUUUUUUGUUUGGAUUUGAAUUGUAAAGAAGGUUGGAUUUCGUUUUUAAAUACCUCCUUGGGGUUGAAGAAUAGCAUUUUUGUGAUCUUUUUCCUUUAUGUU